CCCACGUGUAUAUACAUAGAAAAUUAUGUUCCAAACUUGGAUGCAUCAAUGGCUAAAAUUCCCAGCAGAUCAACGCCGCACUGUCUUCUCUUUUUCUCUUGUCUUCUGCUUCUCUCCUUACAAAUCUUCUGCACAGAAGAAGAGCUUUCAUGGCUAGACCAUGAAGAAACCAUCACCGCCGCUCAAAACUCGUUCCUCAAGAGCUGUAACUUUGCGGCCGGAAAAUGGGUUUUCGAUGGAUCAUACCGGCCUCUCUACGACUCUAGGCGCUGCCCGUACCUAAGCACGGCGGUCAGAUGCACUCAGAACGGCCGCCCGGAUUCCGGCUACGAGCAGUGGCGGUGGAAGCCCGAUGCUUGCUCUAUUCCAAGGUUUGAUGCAUUGGAUUUUUUGGGGAGGAUGAGGAAGAAGAAAAUAAUGCUUAUUGGUGAUUCUAUAAUGAGGAAUCAAUGGGAAUCUUUGGUUUGCAUACUACAAUCAGUUAUACCUAGUACCAGAAAAACAGUCACUUACAAUGGCACAACCAUGUCUUUCAAUGCUGUGGACUAUGAGACAUCUAUUGUGUUUUGUUGGGCUCCAUUCCUAGUGGAACUAAGACAAGGUGUAGAGGACAAGAAAAUACUUCACUUGGAUUUGAUUGAGGAUAACGCGAAGUAUUGGAGGGGUGUGGAUGUGCUUGUGUUUGAUUCCGCUCAUUGGUGGACUAGUUCUCAAAAUAAGCCAUUAUGGAGCUAUAUUAUGGAGGGAAGUAGUUUUUACAGAUACAUGGAUAACAUGGUUGCAUAUGAGAAAGGACUCAUGACAUGGGCAAGAUGGGUCGACUCAAAUCUCGAUCCAAAAGCAACUAUGGUCUUCUUUAGAAGCAUGUCACCUAGGCAUAAUAGAGGGGCUGAUUUGAAAUGCUUAAACCAAAGUGAACCGUUGGAUCACUUGAGUCAUCCAUAUGAAGCACAACCAAUGCUGGUGCUAAAAGAGGUGGUAAGAAGGAUGAGCUUUCCGGUGUAUGUACAUGACAUUACAACUAUGUCUUUCUUUAGAAGAGAUGCACAUCCAUCCAUUUAUAAUAUGGAUGUGGGCCCAAAUCAAAAUCCACGUGUAAAAGGGAGUGGAUAUGAUUGCAGUCAUUGGUGCCUCCCUGGUCUUCCUGAUAUCUGGAAUGAGAUGUUGAAUGCUUUAAUCUAAUUUUAUGAAU